GCGGCGGCGGCGGCGGCGGCGGCAGCAGCAGCGCCACGAUGUACCUUCACUCUGUCAACCUCUGGAACCUGGCGUUUUAUGCCUUCAUGAUCUUCAUGGCCACGCUAGGGCUGUGGGACGUAUUUUUCGGCUUCGAGGAAAACAAGUGCAGUAUGAGCUACAUGUUUGAGUACCCGGAGUAUCAGAAAAUAGAACUUCCAAAGAAAUUGGCGAAACGCUAUCCUGCAUAUGAAUUAUAUCUUUAUGGAGAAGGAUCCUAUGCUGAUGAACACAAAAUUCUCCCAUUAACGGGUAUUCCAGUUCUCUUUCUCCCUGGUAAUGCUGGAAGUUAUAAGCAAGUUCGUUCUAUUGGCUCUAUUGCACUGAGAAAAGCAGAAGACAUUGACUUUAAGUACCACUUUGACUUCUUUAGUGUGAAUUUCAAUGAAGAACUGGUAGCACUGUAUGGUGGAAGUCUUCAGAAGCAGACCAAGUUUGUACAUGAAUGCAUUAAAACAAUUCUCAAACUCUAUAAGGGUCAAGCAUUUGCUCCAAAAAGUGUGGCAAUAAUUGGUCAUUCUAUGGGUGGCCUUGUUGCAAGGGCAUUGCUUACACUGAAAAAUUUUAAACAAGAUCUGAUAAAUCUCCUUAUUACACAAGCCACCCCUCAUGUUGCUCCUGUGAUGCCAUUAGAUCGUUUCAUUACAGAUUUUUAUAUGACUGUAAACAACUAUUGGAUUCUAAAUGCUAGACACAUAAAUUUAACCACGCUUUCUGUAGCUGGAGGAUUCCGGGAUUACCAAGUUCGUUCAGGACUGACUUUUCUGCCAAAACUAAGCCAUCAUACCAGUGCCUUAUCUGUUGUGAGUUCAGCAGUGCCUAAAACGUGGGUCUCAACAGACCACCUCUCCAUUGUGUGGUGUAAACAAUUACAACUGACUACAAUUCGAGCAUUCUUUGAUCUUAUUGAUGCUGACACUAAACAAAUAACUCAAAAUCCCAAGAAGAAAUUGUCAGUUUUGAAUCACCACUUUAUAAGACACCCAGCAAAACACUUUGAGGAAAAUCCAGCAUUAAUUUCUGACCUAACAGUGACAUCUCUGUGGGUUCCAGUAAAAGUAUCAAAGUGGACCUAUAUGGCUUAUAAUGAAUCCGAUAAAAUAUAUUUUACAUUUCCUCUUGCAAAUCAUAGAAAAAUCCAUACUCAUGCCUAUUGUCAGAGCACCAUGCUGGACACAAAUAGUUGGAUUUUUGGCUGCAUAAACAGCACUUCUAUGUGCCGGCAAGGGGUUGAUUUGUCAUGGAAAACGGAACUGCUGCCAACAAUUAAGUCCCUGACGUUAAGACUUCAAGACUAUCCAUCUUUGUCUCAUCUUGUUGUUUUUGUACCAUCUAUUCAUGGAAGUAAGUUUGUUGUAGAUUGUGAAUUCUUUAAAAGAGAGGCAAGAUCCGUACAGCUUCCUGUAACUCAUCUUUUUUCCUUUGGAUUAACUUCAAGGAAAGUGAUAUUAAAUACAAGCGGCCUGUACUAUAAUAUAGAGCUGCUCAACUUUGGACAGAUAUACCAAGCUUUUAAAAUCAACGUGGUAAGCAAGUGCUCAAGAGUCAAAGAAGAAAUAACUAGUAUCUAUAAACUUCAUAUUCCAUGGUCUUACGAAGAUUCACUAACCAUUGCACAGGUUCCAUCUUCAACGGAAAUUUCUCUGAAACUUCAUGCUGCUCAACCAGAUAACAACAGCUAUGUAGCCUUAUUAAAAAUGUACACAUCAUCAGAUUGUCAGUAUGAGGUGACAAUUAGGACUUCCUUUUCACAGAUACUUGGACAGGUAGUUAGAUUUCAUGGUGGAGCUCUUCCUGCUUAUGUUGUAUCUAACAUCCUUCUUGCUUAUGGAGGACAGUUAUACUCUCUAUUCUCAGCAGGUCAUUGCUUAGAAUAUGCUACUGUGUUGGAUAAAGAAGCCAAACCAUACAAAGUUGAUCCUUUUGUAAUUAUGACUAAGUUUCUGUUGGGGUAUAAGUGGUUUAAAGAAAUAUGGGAUAUUUUGUUGUUACCGGAAUUAGAUGCCAUCUUUUUAACUAGUCAGAGUAUGUGUUUCCCCCUUGUAUCCCUGAUUCUCUUUCUGUUUGGAACAUGUACUGCCUACUGGGGUGGCCUGCUCUCUUCUACAUCUGUGAGACUCCUCUCUUCAUUGUGGCUAGCUUUGAAAAGGCCCUCUGAACUUCCUAAAGAUAUCAAGACGAUAUCACCAGACUUACCCAUUUUGACCAUUGCUUUGAUCAUAGUUAGUUGGGUAACUUGUGGAGCAUUGGCCAUACUUCUUACCUAUCUUUACUAUGUGUUUAAGAUUGUUCAUCUGCAAGCCAGUCUAACAAAUUUUAAAAAUAGCCAUAGCCAAACUGUGAAUCCGAAACACUCUAGAAGAAGUGAAAAAAAAUCCAAUCAGCAUAAAGACUCUGCAUCACACCAUCUUCGUUUAUCUGCCAGCGAUGCUGAAGAUAGUCUUCGCAUGCACAGUACUGUGAUUAACUUAUUAUCAUGGAUUGUAUUGCUCAGCAUGCCAUCUUUAAUUUACUGGUUAAAGAAUCUUAGGUACUACUUUAAACUUAAUCCUGAUCCAUGUAAACCUUUGGCAUUUAUCCUUAUUCCAACUAUGGCAAUUCUUGGAAAUACUUACAAUGUUUCAAUAAAAUCCAGUAAAUUGUUGAAGACUACUUCACAAUUUCCAGUUCCUCUGGCAGUUGGUGUGAUUGCUUUUGGGUCCACACACUUAUACAGGGUUCCGUGUUUUGUUUUCAUUCCUCUUUUACUCCACGCAUUAUGUAACUUUAUGUAGGUUUGUAUUUAGGGAACGAUAAAGUUGAUUUUCGCCCUUAGGGUCAGUAAUAAGAGGGGUUGCACAGAUCCAUCAAUGUGGACAACAAGGUCCUAUGGAGAAGACACAUCUAUUUUUACAACAUUGAAAAUAGGAAAUUAGUUUUGUAAUGCUUGAAGAGAGUAGUUGAAGCAUGGUUCUGUUUGAUGGUGUGGCAUCUGUGUAAUACUCAUUUUUUAAAAAAAUUGAUAAAAGGGUACAGUGGACACUGUCUUUGAGGACUCCUCUGCAUAUCAGCUAGUCUGCUUGACUGGUCAUACUAGGGAGCUUCUCCUAAACACUUAGUAAAUGUAAAGCAUUUUUUGUAAUCUCACCUCAAGCAUUCUGCUCAUUUCAUCAAACUUCCUUCUGAAAAGUGGGUUACUUUGUGUUUGCUACAGUACUUAUAUUGAGAAAUACGUCUUAAAAGAUUGAUAAAAUUCACAACUGUCUGGCUUCUCAAAAAUGAAGUAGCCAUGAAGAGUCUUCAGUCAGUUCUUGGCAGCCAUGGUGAACAAUGUAGAUCUUUUGUUUUCUUACAUCUGUGAAAAUACAACUUUUUAUUCUAAGGAGACAUGUUUUCUUAGUAACGAAUGCAACACUGAUGGAUGGAAAUAAUUCAAACUUAACUUAGUGAAAUUUCCUUGUUUUCCAAAUACAAAUCGUAGUUUUAUUCUUGGUGAAUGUGAGGAGACAAUUACAGGGAUCUCUUGUUAAAUUUGAAGAAAAUUUCCAUAGAUAUUUACUUACUGGGAUUGGAACACAUCAGUUAUUCAUUCUGUGUCAUUUUCUUUACCAGUUUAACCAUUGACCCAUGGUUGUCAAAAGUGCCUCAGGUCAAGAUGUAUUAUUAAAAUAACUAAAUUCCAGUGGUCAGAAAAAAGUCUAGGUUUUCAAUUUUUGACUGCUAUGGAAAAAAAAUUAGCGUGAUCAAGUACAGCACCACAUUUGGUGUAUAAAAUUGUAAUACUAAUGGAAUAACAGACAAAUUGUUACCCCAUUAAUAGCAUAAGUAUAAACAGUAUACCUGAAUAAAUUGUAGGCUCUAGCCACUAGGUUUAACAGUAGAAUCUUAAUUUGCCAAGGUGAUCACUGUUUGGCAGAUAAGGGAAUGAUAUUUCUAUUUCACUUCAGAUUUCAGCUUAUUUUUAGCUACAAGAGUAGGAAGUAGGUAAUGGAGCUAGGUAUCUUUGCCUUAAGAAAGGAUAAACUCAGGCUGAGGAAUACCUGGCUGAUAGAGCCCUUCCUUUAGAUGUAUAUGCUGUAAAUACCUAAAAUCUCUCAAGUCCUUAAGUCUCAGUAAUUUCACUGUUGCACCUGUGAACUUGUGUCCUCCUUAGCACCAGAGGACCAAGUUCAUUUUCUCUGCCAUUGCAUCUGGAUUCCACUACAGCCUCUCAGCUGUUACUGCCUACAGAGGGUUGUCCGCCUGCUGCAGCUGGUACAGGGUUGCUCCACUUCUCCUCUCAGUAGCUCCUCAGGUCCUUGCUCUGUUGGCAUCAGAGGGGGUCUUGCUAUCAUUUCUGAGGCUUGUAAGCCUGUUUGAUUCCAUUGUUGUCUUUCCCAACUUCAUGCCUAUUGUUCAGAAGUCAUAUUUUCUCUUACUGAGUCCAUUAAAGGGAAGUGGUAACCUCAUAGCAGAUGUGGCAGACAUUAGCAGCCGCUUAUUUGAGAGAAGUAGCAAAAAGGAUAAAACACAAAAUGCUUGUGUGUUCAGUACCUGCAAGGAAUUUAUUAGAUUAUACACUUGUCCCAUGGUAUAUCACACAUACGUUUAAAUAAGGACACAUCUGCCCUUUCCUAUUUAGCUGUAUGCUCAUAAACAACUUUCAUACACAUGGCAUUUUUUAUUUUUUUCACGGGUGUAAUUGUACUUCAAGUUACAGGUUAAAUGCGUCACUUAACUAUUUCUGAAUGUGAACUGAGGUUCACAUACAGAAAGAACUUUUAAAAUACUCAUUAAUUUGAAUCCUAUUGACAGCCGUAAUCAUUGUGUUUCUGUGAUCUGAAUUCCCCGUGUUUAGCGAGUACUGCUCAUGAAUAGACUGUAACAAGCUUAAAUGGCUCAUUUGUGAGCAGUAUUGUACAUUAGCUUUUUAAAGCAGUAGACUAGGCACACUAAUUGUCACUAACACUUUUAUGAGAGUGUAGUUAAUCAAGUUUUAAAGUCUUAUUUAUUCCAACAAAAUAUUUCAUUUUAGAGUUACAAAAAAGAUUCUAAUUAAACAUUUUAGAAACAACAGUAGGUUGGAUCUUUAGCCAUUAUAUACAUAUAUAUAGACAUUAAACAUUGUGACAGGGUCUUCACCAAGUCUUGACGCACUUUAAACCCAAAUAACUACUAGAGAGGAGAAGGCAGUCUCUGAAGAUUAGCAAAAAUGGAUGUUCCUAUCACUUAAGUAAAGGAAAGGGCUUUUGUGUUUGAAUUCCACUUUGUUUCUGUCAUGCUUACAACCUGUAUUAGCUUGUAAAACAGCUGCGCUUUAAUGGCGAUGUUACUAAAAAUGGAAUUAUUAGGAGUUAGGGAUUAUCCAGUUCAGCAAACUUCUGAGCUCUAAUAUCACACUUUCAUUUAGAACUUGUUGCAUUUUGAGUAACUUUUUCUUGGACCUUAUUGUUGGGAACUGGAUCGAAUAUAGGCUGGGCAGGAAAAACACCAGUACUUUCUGUGUUUCUAAAGCCUCCUCUGGAGUUACUACUCUUGUAAUCUAGGCCUGAUAACACAGUAGAAAUCAUUAAAGCCCUUUUGCCUGGAUCUCUUUCAUGCCAGAAAUUAAACAGGUUCUGCUAACUCUUUUCUUGUUUGUUGCCAAAAUGAAAAUACUUAAACCAGCGGUCCUAAAAAAUACCAUUUGUGCCUGGUAAACAUUGAUUUUUGGUUUGUUUGGUUUUUUUUUUAGUCUCUUCAAUAUAUAGUAAUCAUGUAUCAAUCAAUCAGUCUUUUUUUUUUUCAUAUUUUGGUCAGAUAAAUUUAGAUAUAUAAUGGAAAACUUUUCUUGAUUGACCACUAUGAUAUCUACAUGAUUAUGUAGUAAAGAAAAAGAAAGAACUACAGUAGGCCUAGCAAAUGUUUAUCUUUGACUAUUGCAUUGGUCACGUAGAUGGCACACAUUCCCACCACAUGCAUACACACAGGAGGCAUAUUGUCUGAUCUGCUCAUCAUCAAGUUCCUGUACCUAACUUUAAAAUUUCCACUUCUGGCAUAGUUUAUUUAUUUCACAUGAUUAUUCAUUAGCACUUCUUCCAGAAGGUGGUCAAGAGGAAUAAAAGGAAGUAAGACUCAGUUUUCAGUUCAGUUCCUGAGAGCUCUGGGAAAAAAUGUGGGAAACAUAGAGAUUAUGAGACAAACUAGGGCUGUUGGUUCUUGAAUCCCCAGAUAAUAGAGUUGGCCUCUACUUUCAUCUUAAGCAUUAGGUCUAAAUUAGUGUAAUGUCUUGCUUUAUUACAAGGUUUAGUGCAAAACUUUACAGUGCUGCAUUUAUAAUAUUAGUAAAUUAAAAUCAGUUGGGGGGGAAAAGUUUAAAUGUGUUGAGACCUUCUAUGACCGGACAUUUGUGGACUACUUUUCAUCAUCAGUCUUUAUUUUCUCAGUCUGACAUAGGCACAGAUGCCUUGGGAGGUUUUAGGCAGAAAGUCAAUUUGGAGAGCAUGGCAGUCCCCAGGAUAAAGGAAGCAACAAGAGUAUCUUCGUAGUAUGAAACUAGACCCUAACAGAAGACUUGGUUGCCACAUUAGGGAAAUAAAUGUAGAAGAUAAUUCUACAAAGUAGUAAGAUGAGGGGGAGUUAUUUUAUCCCAGUCUUUUUGAAUAAAGGACAUUUCAAAUUCUUUUAAUGAACUUUUACUUGUUCUUUCACAAAAAGUUUUAACAGCCUGAGGCAAUGGAAAGUCUAUGAGGUUACUCAAAUUCCCUAUUGUUAAUAAGGAUAAUACAGGAAAGAGAGAUCAGUAAUCCAAAUCCUUAUAGGUGUACUAUAAAUGCUCAAGAAUUCACUCUCCUUGAUAAUAUAUUAUGAUUACAGAAGAAUGAACUUUGUAUAUUAAUAACAAUUUUAAGAAUGGAAUAAAAUUUGGAAAUAGAAUAGACUGCUGUUUCAUUAACAGUAUAAAUACAGGGAUGAGCAAAAAGUAGGUUUACAGUUCAUACGUAAAGUAAAUAAUACAGUAAUAAAAACACAAAAAAACUGUCUUAUGUACUCACAACUGUAAACCUACUUUUGCCUAUCCCUGUACAAUAGUACACAUGAAUUUGUAGCGUGUCUUUCAAAAGCUAGGUGAUAUUCUAAGCUACAUCUUGAUUACAUUGUCCAUAACUCAAAUUUUUCAAGUCAAGUGCAGUACUUACUAAAAGUGUUUGGCGUGUUAGGCUUCCAAAAAUUACUGUUUUAAAAUACCAAGUAACCAGUUAAUUUCUGAUGACUUUGUAUAGAACUUGAUAUAUAUGAGUCAGAAUCACUCAGCACUGAUUCUGUACAUUGUAACUUUGAACACUUAGGAGAAAAACUGUUGAUGUAUUUUAAUUAGUUAAGUGUAAAUUUUUUUGCAUAUUUUGAAUUCUAAUCUUAGUUUAGGAAGUCUAAAGGUAGCCAUUUUUGUAAAGUUCAUAUGCUAUUUUUUUUAAUGUUCUCUUGGUUUUUAGUAUUUGUAUAGUAGUAAGGUUACUAGUAAAAGAUUUAUACACAAAGCAUAGAACUAUUAACUGUUCAAAGCCUAAAUGAUAGGCAUAUUUUGUAUUUCAUAUGGCACUUGUUUUGUUUCAUAUUGGACUUUUUACAUCCCUUUUUUAAGGAAAAAAGACAUUUGAUUUUGUGGGUUUUUUUUUAGCAUGAACCUCUGCAUUGGAAAAUAGAACUGUACUCAUAUGGUUAGCAAAACACACUUUGCCACCAAAGCUAAAUGGAAAUGUAAAAUACCUCCAGAUAUUUGUGCCAAUGAACUUUUCUUAGCAUUAUUGGGAUUAAAGCAAAAAUAAUCUUUUCAGCAUUUUUCAUUUAGG